AUGGCCCCCCCGCAAGUAGAAAAUCGACAACCCUUCUGGGAUCUCAUUUCAAGUUUGGGCAGUAACAGAGCUGAGAGUUGGCUAGUCACGGGGGAUCUCAAUGAAAUAGCUGCUAACUCAGAGAAGAGGGGUGGUCCGAGGAGACCCGAAGCCUCGUUUACAAGAUUCUGA